AUUGUUGCCUGUGACAAGCAUUUCAGGCCGGUACUUCGUCGCCGGGAAGGCUAAGUACUUCCAACUUUGAUACUAAGAAGAGCCUCCGCCGCACUGCCGUUCAUUGAUGGACAGUUAUUAAGUUAAUGCCCCAGUGUCAAGCCAACCAUCCAUAUCCAUUGCCUUUUCUCCUCACGCACCUCAACACUGUGGGCACUACGUAGACCGUCGACCAUGCAGGGACUUGCAUGGGUUGCCCCCUUACUUCUAUAUCAUGCAGUUGUUGUUUUAGCAGCCGGUAACACGACAUGUCUUAGCAGCCAACUGGAUUGGUACACAACCGCGGUUGGUGAAACACCUUGCAUGACAUAUCAGCGGCUUCGACAAAUAUGCAACAGUGCUUAUGUAGUGGGCGAUUUCAGCGCGACCACCCCCGGUGAUCGGUGCAAUGAUCAAGUUUCGGAUUGCUGCUGCAAUUCUGUCGCAUUUGCAUUAAGCAUGCUCUGCAUGAAUUGCCAGGAAGAUGCUGUUGCAGGCGAUGUAGCUGGAAUUGAUGCGGCUCCUGGAACAUACACUACUUACCUUGCUACCUGUGGUGCUAGCACCAAUCAAUCGCUUCCAGCAGGUAUUCAACAGGCUGUGUGCAAUGAGAACAUCAAGAUCGACAACUUCUUGUACAAUAGAUCAUAUUGGUCCGAUGGAUCCUGUCGAUGGACAGCAGAUUAUGCAGUAGAACAGCAGGCGAUAAACAACAACAAUACUUUCACGGUUUGCCCGAACCAAGUCUCACCUUCAGCAUCCCUCCCCACAUCUACGACGGCCCCUACUGCAGGUGGCUCCCCCACUUCCACAAUUAUUGCCUCUGCACUCCAUACCAGCUCUGGGAAUACUAAUUCAGUUUCGUCUACUUCUACUUCUACUUCACGGACAGCCAUCAUAGGUGGUGCAGUGGGUGGCGUUGCGCUCACCAUAAUUGCAGUGCUCGGUGGUGUUUACUGUUACAGACGAGGUAAACGGCCUCGCAUGAUCCAGGAUACACCAUCCGUGUUUCUGGGACAAUCAUAUGGUGACCAGCCUGUCUAUGGAGCGUCCUUUACGGAUACUGAAGCAGUAGCCACUCAGAGAUACAGUAGUUUAAGUCCUGCCCGGCGCCAUCACGAGUCUAGGGAGUCUACUCUCCCAGUGAUACAUUCUUUGACCCCAGAGCGGGUCCAGUCCUUGAACCCGUCAAUUGGCCCAUCAUAUCUUGUGAAUGACGAUUUUUCUGAAGUGGUGCCAUACAUUCGAGAAGAUGAUGCCGGCACGUUGAUUCCCCCCCAUGAUGCGCCUGCAGAAAGGCUUCCGCCUGCGUAUCAUCCAUCUUGGGUGGCUAGAAAUGCGCGGCCAAGCAGCUCAGACCCUGGUGAAGAUGAAGUUCUGUUAGACCAGACUGUUCAGACCGUGUGGCCGAGCAAUGAAACACGCCCGGAAAGUACAACAGGGGUUCCGCAAGAGAAAAUAGUAUCCAGGUGGAGUACUGGUAGCUGAGCAAAUGAGGUGUAACACUAUGCAUUAGUGUUGUUCAUCGUUCCGGACAUAGUCACAGUUGCUCAUGUGAUGCUUAUAUACGACAGCUUGCAUGUCAUUGAUACAGAUGGGAACCAAAUUUAUCUUGUGAUCC